UUUAAAUUUUAAUAUUGGUGUAAAUUAUUAGGAUUAUUUUUAUUAUUUUUGUAGUGUAAUGUGAAAUUAUAUACAGGUUGAGGAAGUUUUAGAUGUUACGAAUAUAGAGAAUAAGAAUGAUGGUGGUAGUCAGCCUACUUUUGAUAUAAUGUGUUUUAUUACAUCCCAACCUGGUGAUGAGAAAGGGGAUGAUGACAAGAAAGAAGUGGUUGAUGAUGAUCAUGAGAUGUUCAAGAACGGAUCUAACAAGUUAAGGGAAGAUGAUAAUGAUGGCGAUGACAAGGGUAUUGGUGGUGAUGGGGUUGGUGCCAAGGAAGUUAAAGGUGGAGGUAAUGUUGGUGGAUCUAGUGGUGGAGUGAGUGCUGGGGAGUCAGCUGUCAAAGAAGGCAAGGAGGUAGUUAGUGUAAAUGAGAAGGUUGCUGAUGAUGAGAUGAUUUAUGAAGAAACCAAAGAGUUUACUGGUGCAACUGAAAAGUUGGGUGAUAGUCAAGGUACAGAGGAUAGUAUAACACUAUCUGCUUUAGAGAAGAUCAAUGAUAUUGAGGAAACAAUUGCAAAGGGUAAGGUGUUGCACAAAGAAGUAAUGGCUUCUAAUCAGAGGAAUAUUGCAAAGGAUUUGAAUGUAGAGUUUACGCCCAAGGUUGUUAAAAGGGCUGCGAAGCCUGCAUCUGUAAUGAAGAGUCCUUACACAACAAAUUUUGGUUCGGCCAGCAGUGGUAAACCAACUGGUGAAGUGUAUGGAUUGUUUCCAUUUUCAAAUGGAUUGAUGGCCAUGCCAGAUGAGCUUCAAGUUAAAUCAUUUGAGCAAUGGUUCAAGGCUGGUUUCAAUGAUAAAAACAAAUUGAAGAAGUUCAAACAAGAGGAUCGAGUAUUGAAGGUGCCAUUAGAUUUUGUUGUUGUGAAGGUUAACGAUAAAAUGUGGUUUUACGAUCUGAGAACCCCGGGGAGAAAUUUAUCAUGUUCGCAUAUUGAUGUGUGCUUUUAUUACUUGAGGAAGCAAAUUAAGUAUGACAAAAGUGUGAGGGUUGCUGCCAGCACCACUGAUUGUUUUUUUGCAGCCCAUAUAUUUGAUUUGUACAACAAGUUUUGUGCAAAUGAUGAGGAUAUUAAUUCUGUUCCUCGGGACACUAAGGCAGCUGCGUAUAUUGCGGGAUUUGGCUUGUUGUGUGGUAAACCAUGGUUCGUUUUAGAUUUCAUGCUAUUUCCGGUCAAUGUAAUGGCUUUGGCACAUUGGAUUUUGUGCGUCUUUGACAUCAAGAUGAGAUGUCUUAAGGUGUGCAAUUCUUUGAGGCGUGGAAAGUUUAAGGACAGUCGCGAGCUUUGUGAAUGCAUUUGUCGUUAUUUUGCCGAUUUUAUUGUCUCAUGUGGAUUUCUAUGGUCGGAGGUCUGA